UUGUCUUCACGUUAUUUCCAACUUGCAUAGUAUAUGCUAUGUAAUUUCAAAUUCUUUAAUUUACAGAAAGAAAAUGAAGAGCAUCAUCGGUUACUGAAGGGGGCACCUUUCAAGUUAAAUCUUUACCCAAGGGACUAUUUUGACACUAAUCCUUAUUUUACUGAAAAACCUUUACCUCCAAUUAAAAAAGAAGAGAAGAAAGAAUCACUUUUAAGUCCUUUUAAGCCCUCUUCUCCUGGUAAAAAGCCUGGUGGAAUGAAAGCAGGAACAUUUGAACCUUACCCAUCACAUUCUACUGACCCUUAUGUGCUUAAACCAGGAAAGGAGGUUUCCAAAAAAGAUGAUAAGGUUUUUCAUCCCCCAAGUGGACCAAAAAGCAGACCAAUUGAAAGUAUAAUGAGUUUGAAUGUCAAAAGGGCACUCAAUAUGAAGAACUACAAGACUGCUUCAUUACAGUCCUAUUAGCAACUGCAAGACACGUAACUUUCUAAAUCCUUACUACCAGUAACUUGUCAUCAAGAGCUAAUUAUUUGAAAAAAUGCAAAAUGCAAAGUGUGUGGAACAGAUAGCCUUGAAAAGAAAUUUAACCUCCAACUCCAAUAUUCUUCCUGAUUUUAGUACUACUACUUAAUAAAUAGUUUUUGCUAAUAAUUUAA